ACAGUUGUUCUUGGUGCACACUCAGUGUUGGAGACAUUUAAUUUCUCUCCUUCUGGAUUCGGCGCAUCAAAUAUAAAAUACUAUUUUACUAUUCACAAUUGACACUUUUACAUACUACUUAAUUUUGCAAACAAAUUUACACACACACAGUAUUUUACUUUUAUCAUUUUAUCAAGUGUUAAUAGUCUCUUUGUAUUUAUCAAUAAAUAAAAAAAAAAUAAACAAACGAUUACGAAAUAAUCUUAUCGAGAUAAACUUUGGCAACCUUGUCACGAUAAUUAAAAUAAAAAUACUCCAAAAACUGCGUGGAUGUGUGUUCGUGUGAGUGAUUAUAUAAAAGUAUUUUAUUUGAACUAUCUAUCGGUUUUAUUAAUAAUAAAAAAAUAAUAAUAACAAGAAUGUCUGUAAGUUUAAAAAAUAUUAUUGGUAGUGAUUGCUACUCGUCAAUAAAUUUAUUAAGGGUUGGGAGACAACGUUACUUUGGCAGCAUGGCAUUUGUCCCACCAAGCCAUAAAUAUCGUAUUGCAUUGAUGGGAAAGAGACGUAUGCUCACAGUACAAAAUCAACCCGCAACCGGCAUUGUUACAACUCGCAAUAUGGCUAAAUAUCAAACAGAUAAAACAUUAACUGUUGACAAUGUUUACUCAAAUUUACGACGUAUGGAAUAUGCUGUACGUGGACCAUUACUUAUUAGAGCUGUUGAAAUUGAAAAAGAACUUGAAAAGGGAGCAAAAAAGCCAUUCAAUGAAGUGAUUAAAGCAAAUAUUGGAGAUGCUCAUGCUAUGGGACAACGUCCAAUAACAUUUUUACGUCAAGUAUUAACAUUGACAGUAUCACCAGAACUAUUGGAUGAUCCAAAAUAUCCAGAUGAUGCUAAAAAAAGAGCAAGAGAUGUACUUAAUUCAUGUAAAGGUUGUAGUGUUGGUGCCUACACUGAUUCAGCUGGUAUUGAAAUUAUUCGUAGACAUGUUGCUGAAUAUAUUGAAAGACGUGAUGGUAUACCAGCUGAUUAUAAAAAUAUUGUAUUAUCAAAUGGUGCAUCUGAUGGUAUCAAGUCUUUUUUAAAAUUAUUUAAUGAAGAAAUUGAUGGUAAACCAUCAGGUGUUAUGAUUCCAAUACCUCAAUAUCCACUGUAUUCAGCAGCACUUGCUGAAUUUGGUCUAUCACAAAUUGGUUAUUAUCUUAAUGAAGAAAAUAAAUGGUCAUUGGAUAUUAGUGAACUUGAAAGAUCUUAUAAUGAAGCAAAAAAAAAUAGUAAUCCACGUGUAUUGGUGAUAAUUAAUCCUGGUAAUCCAACUGGACAAGUACUUACACGUAAAAAUAUUGAAGAAAUUAUACGUUUUGCACAAAAAAAUCGUCUAUUUGUACUUGCUGAUGAAGUUUAUCAAGAUAAUGUUUAUGAUAAGGAUUCUUCAUUCCAUUCGUUUAAAAAAGUUAUGUCAGAAAUGGGUGAGCCAUAUUCAACAAUGGAAUUGGCUUCUUUUAUGACAAUAUCAAAAGGAUACAUGGGAGAAUGUGGAAUUCGAGGUGGUUAUGCUGAGUAUAUUAAUAUGGAUCCUGAAGUUAUGGCUGUAUUAUCAAAAGCCAUAUCAGCAAUGCUUUGUCCAACAGUUUUAGGACAAGUUGCAAUGGAUGUUGUUGUUAAUCCACCAAAACCAAAUGAACCAUCAUAUCCACAAUUUAUCAAAGAAAAAACAGCUGUACUUGAAUCACUUGCUGAAAGAUCAAGUCUUGUUGUUGAUACACUUAAUGAUAUACCUGGUUAUAAAUGUAAUCCAUCAAUGGGAGCAAUGUAUGUAUUUCCACGUUUUGAAAUACCAAAAAAAGCUAUUGAAGCUGCUAAAUUAGAGGGUAAAGCACCAGAUGUAUUUUAUGCAUUUAAAUUACUUGAAUCAACUGGUAUUUGUGUUAUUCCUGGUUCUGGAUUUGGACAAGUUCCUGGUACUUAUCAUUAUAGAACAACAAUUUUACCACAAAAAGAUAAAAUCAAAACAAUGCUACAAAGCAUUAAAGAAUUUCAUAUGAAAUUUCUUGAAGAAUAUAGUUAGUCAAUUUUUUUUUUAUUAUAGAUUGAUAGAUUGAUCAACAACAACUUAAUAAUAUGUACUUCUAUAUGAAUGAUAUUAAUGAAUGUAU